AGCAUUACGUCACAAUACCGAACUGAAAAGCUUAAUUGUUUUUCAUUGAUAGAUAAAUUAAGCGAACCGCUUGUUGGGACUACUAUAACAGCGAUUCAUUAAUUUGUAUCUCUCGGUAGUUAUUAGCCAUGUUAUAAUAAUAUCCAAUUAGUUAACACAUUCUAACAAACAUUAAAUGAGAUAAAAUUGGUUGCUGUUAAAAUAUUUUUGUUAUAGGUUCAGCCCGUAAGAUUAAGUACAGUUAGAUAAGAAUUUAUUCCACUCAGUUUUAAUACAGCUCGGUAUACUGUUGCAUUACCUCUCCGACGAUGUGAGAUGAUAAACAAGAAUCUUGUGUUUGACGCAACAGGCUAGCAUUGAACAAGAGAUCAGUGCUAUAAAAUAUGGAACUUGAGAAUAUGUCGUCACUCGAGCCGCGAAAAAGAAGAUCAAAAUCAUCUUUGACAUCUUAUGACAAUAAUUCUAUUAACGAAUUCAGCAAGAAUAACCGAAUUCUUGACAUAAUGAAAUCGAGACUGUUCAUCAGCAUUUUGAUUGUGUCGGUUGUGUUUAUUGUUUUGGCGUGUAUUGGUAUUGUUGUGAUUUACGAAAAGGAAAAUGAAGUCGUUGUGACUGUAGAGGCAUGGAAGGACGAUUUAUCCGACGAACAAGCCGAAUGGUUCGAUUCAGGUUUAAGUGAAUUAAAGGUGGCAUUAAGUGUAAAGCAAAAUAAAAGACGAGCGAAAAAUGUCGUACUAUUCGUUGGCGAUGGUAUGGGACAAUCAACGGUCACCGCAACUAGAAUACAUAAAUUUGGUGAACAAGGACUAUUGUCGUGGGAAAAAUUCCCACAUGUGGGACUAUUAAAAACGUACUGUUUCGAUAAACAGGUGCCGGAUUCUACAUCAACGGCGACAGCAUUGUUCGGCGGUGUAAAGACAAACUAUGAAACCGGUGGUGUCGAUUCAGGUGUCCCUUUAGCGAACUGUGAGGCUUCAUUAAAUGCGACACAUCAUGUAGACUCCAUUCUGCAGUGGGCGCAAGAUGAGGGAAUGAGUACCGGAUUCGUGACUACUACUCGUGUUAUGCAUGCAACACCAGCUGCAUUGUUUGCUCACACAGCCGAUCGCAGAUGGGAAUGUGAAGCAACUAUGCCCGAUAGCGUAAGGGCGAAAGGUUGUAAGGACAUUGCAAGACAGUUAGUGGAAAAUGUACCAGGCAAAAAUUUGAACGUCAUAAUGGGUGGUGGCCGGCAAUGUUUGGUAUCGAAUGUUACAGGAACUGCUGAUGACCCAAUAGAUACGUGGGGUUGCAUAUCGAUGGAUAGGCGAAAUUUAAUUGAGGAUUGGAAAAAGGAUAAGAUGAAGCGUGGAUUCCGCGCCUCUGUACUUCAAACUAAUAAUGAUUUGGAUAAGCUAGACACAGCCAACACUGAUUUCGUUUUAGGAAUUUUUGCCAACGGUCACAUGAGAUAUGACUAUGAGCGGAAAAACAGAUCGACUGGAAUGCCUUCAUUGAAGCAGAUGACAUUAGCAGCUGUAUCAGUUCUUUCGAAAAAUCAAAAAGGUUUCAUACUGGUAGUGGAAGGUGGUCUCAUCGAUCAGGCACAUCACAGGGGUUGGGCGAGAAAAGCUGUAUCAGAAACAUCAGCAAUGGAUGAAGCUGUAAAUGCCACAUUGGAUAUCCUUAAGCACGAAAUGGACGAGUCGUUGAUAAUUGUUACUGCCGAUCAUUCGCAUUCGUUAUCGAUAAAUGGAUAUGCUGGAAGAGGGCAAGACAUAUUCGGCAUAGCACAGAAAUCAAAAAUUGAUGGUAUUCCGUACACCACUCUAACUUACGCAACUGGAGGUCCAAACGGUUUUCAAGUAGAGAACGAUGAACACGGAAUGCCUCGUCGAAGAGACCCGACCACCCAGGACACAACAGCCUAUGAUUAUGUUCAACAAGUUGCCAUUUUAACUGAUGAAAAUGCACAUACCGGCAGCGAUGUAGCCGUUUAUGCUAUUGGUCCAAUGGCUCAUCUUAUCCAUAAAGUUCAUGAACAAUCAUAUAUUGCUCAUGUCAUAUCAUAUGCGGCCAGAAUUGGACGUUUCAGAGAUAAUCGAAUUGUACAAGCAAUUUUAGAUUUGUUUCAUUUAAACUAAGACGUUCCGUGUUUUUAAAAGUUAAAUAAAUUCCAUAGAUGAUACGCAAAUUGAAUGCUUUUGUGUUUUGUUUACAGAAGAGCUUUGU